GAGCAGUCGGGCGCGACCCGCCCACUGGCGCGGACUCCGGGGUUGACCCAGGGACCAACCCGACGCCUCCCAGCCUGCGCCCGAGCGCGUUUCCGCCGCGGACUCCGAGCGCCAGCGGCAGCUAUGCCCGCGGGGGUCGCGCCGGGAGUGAGGAUGCACGCCCUGUCCGCCUUCGACGCGUCCCUGAGCGAGCGGCUCCUGCACCGCGGCCCGGAGUACUUGCGCCAGCACCUGGACGCGCCGCGGCCGGCGCGCAGGAGCGCGGUGGAGAGGCUGGCGGCCGAUCGCGCCAAGUACGUGAAGAGCCAGCUGGUGGCGGGUCCCGCGCACCGUCCCGCCGGCCAGAGCUCGGCUUCCGAGAGCAGCAGCGAGAGCUGCUCGGAGGAGAGCCGGAGAAGCGCCCGCGACGCCGGCGGGAGGGAGGGGGAGGCGGCGGGCGCCUCCCCGUCCCCGGCCCGCACCCCGUGCCCGGUGGCUCGCAGGGCCAUUGCCCGGAAGCCACUGAGACCCGACUCACUGGUCAUCUACCGGCAGAAAUGUGAGUUCGUCAAAGGGCCCGGCGCGGACAGCUCCAGGGGGCGCUUGGUGAAGAAGCUCUUCCAAACGUCCAGCAAAGACAAGGCGCUGGUGCCCCCGGACAUGCCCAAGGUAAAAGAAGAGGUCAGAGCCGAGGGCGAGGAAGCCAGUCUGACCAAGGUCCCAGUGGGCAGCCGGAGGCCCGACCCUGUCGCUGAUCCAGUGCCCUCCGCGCCACCUGCCCCCUCCCCACUUGCAGGGGCUUCCGGCGUGUGCCAAGCUCUGCCCUCUGGCCCUGCGCUCCGGGAAUCCAAGCGCAGGGGCCUGCACCGCUCGCAGUCAGACAUCAGCUCGCGUUACUCCAAGUGCUUUGCUGAGUUUGACACCUUCUUCCAGUACUGCGGCCUGGACCCCGAGGUGGUGGAGGACCUCGGUAGGGAGAACUUCUCUGCCGGGUCGGACCAUGCCACCUUCAAAAUCCGCAGCGUGAGCAUCGCCACCUCCGACAGCGGCUUCUCCCGGCGCAGCGGCGGGGACGAGGGGCUUCAGGAAGAGGAGCUGACGGAGCAAGUGCCCAGCACCACCUCUGUCAUUGAGAAGAACGCCCGCAUCAUCAAAUGGCUGUACACCUGUAAGAAGGCCAAGGAGACCCCCAGCAAGAGGUUGCAGGAGCUGGCGUGAUGGACCGGAAACCCCAGGAGGAAAACCUUCCCAAGGAUAGAGUUUCCUUUCAAGUGCAUCCUGGAUGACUUGGAACCACGGGACCAUCUUCACUUCCACAGUUUUGUCCAAAAUGCCCAAGCUGACAACGAGAGUGCUGUUUCUCAGGAAUAAAGCAUCCCGUUGACUAAGCUUCAGUGAUUGUAGAAGGUUUGACAUGCCAAGAUGUAGCAAAAUUGGGCAAUGAGAAGAUUUCGGGAAUACAGAAUUUGGAAAUUCACCAAGUUGUGAUUAUUAUGAUAUAGCUGAAGCUGCUGAACAUCUUUUUUUUUCUUGUUUGAAGUACAUCCUGUACUUUCCUGCAGAAGGCAACUGGAGAGGGAAAAGCUAUUUGGAAAUAUUUUCUGGGUCAUCUUUUUGACUGACUUGCUGACAAGGAGGUACCAAGUUGCAUUUUAGUGAUAUCUAAUUUGAUUUAUUUUUUAAACGAAGAGCAUGAAAAUCAACAUCAACAGCAUGGUAUUUACUCCUUUCAGUUAUCUUAGGCUGAGUGGUGCCAUAUAAAUAAAAUUUAUUCUAUUCUGUAUUAAACCAUAAUUAUGAAAAGGUAUAUUCUAGCUAAAAAAGAGUAAACACACACGAACACACACACACCAAUUUUUAAAGCAUCGCCACACUGUAAACUAUAAUACUGAAACCACACAACUUGAUCAUCUUAUUUAAUGAUUCAGAAAGCACUUUUAAAAUGACUUGAGGGCUGUGAGUUCAUUCUAUUAAUGUCACUUCCCAUUGGGUUGUAGACAUGUGGAAGUUAAAAUAUUUAACCAAUUAAAAUAUGUUAUAGUUGAGAUACUGCUAAAUGAAACCUUUUAUUGUACCAGGAAGUUUCUUGAAAGUUGGCAGAAGAAUCUUGGAGUUUCUUUUCACCAGAUCCACAGCAACAUUCCUGUUUUGCAGCACCAUUUGGAAUGUCCAGUUCUCUUGUUCUCGGCUUCCAAAGCAAGACUAGGAAAUCCUCGAUUUACACGGAAUGUGAGCACCUAAGCAUAUGGAGAUUUGCCUGUUUCCUUUAGUCUAAACAAUCCUCAACAUAUCACCUAAUCAUCCCAAAUUAGUCACUAAUUCACCCUUCUCUGCAAAGGGUAUUUUUUGAAAGAACAGACAGCCCUCUAGGGGGCUGGGAAAAUCUAGGUUGCAAUAUUGGUAGAGAAUUACUAUGACUGUAACCCUGAACUUGCUCAUGAUGCAGAGUAAAUAGAUUUCAGAUUCAGAACUUUCUGAGAGAAAUUAUCAUCAAUUAUUACUACCCAAAGAAAAACUUUCACCCAGUCAACCCUUUCAAAGCAUACUGUGCUUUGUCAAAAUAUAUCUCUUCAAGAACAAAAUUAUUAAGAAGACUAAGGAAGAGAGAGAAAUGAGUUUGCUAAUGGUAAAAUAUUUGAUAAACCAUUCCAUUUUGAUAUAUUCAUACAAUUUUUAAUACUGUGUUCUAUUUUUGUAAAUGUUUUACUUUGAGAAUAAGUCUUUGAGUUAUUUACAUAUUUAUUUUUGCACAGUUACUGGUCUUCAGAUGGUUUUCCUUUACUUUAUAUGGUUUUAGUUUUUAUCAGGGCAAUUUUAAAUCAUUUUCUCUUUACUUAGCUUUUUGUAUAUAUUGUUCAAAUGAAUUUUUAUCUUUUGAUGGCAAGCUAGGUGUUUGCUCCUCUAAAGUGCUCAGUACUGCAGCGAUUUGUUUUCUAAACAACGACAGAUGCAUGUCUUCGAAGGCUCUGUGAGCCAACAGAUGUACCUUCUCAAUGUAGAAUCUGUUCCAAGACAAGAGAUUCCCUGCUGUAAGGAUUUGUUCCCCAGUCAUUGCUCUAAAAAUGCUGCUCUUUUGCUCUUCAUUGGAUUGCACUUCGUUUAAAAAGAUAUUCUCAAAGAUGAGAGGAAUUUUUUUAAUGUUUCCUUUUAAUAUACCCAAUUCUCUCAUCUGCAAGUAUUUGCAUUUAUAGGUGAACGCUUUAAGCAAGAUUUGUUUUGUGCCUUUCUACUGUCAGAACAAGAUUAAUUGCAACCCACGUCAGAUUUCUCUUAAAUCAAAAUGGUGGCAGAUUCACCUAUCCAUAGAAUGGGUGACAAAAAAUUGUUUUAGUUUAAAACCAUCGAGAUCUUUUUGAAGCGUUUAGCACUUUCAGCUGUGGCACAGAAAAAGAGAAGAAUUCAGCUGGGGUGGAUUCUGGAGGUUGAUGUUAGGCCCUGCCUUCAGGAACUGGUUAGAGCGGGGAAGGCCUGUCCUGAAUCUGAAUUACCCCAAUUUGCUGAAUGACUAAGACAAACUUUGCAACUCAGUCAGAAUGAAAAAAACUUUUAAUGCUUUCCACGAGGAUAAGCAGUAGUUACUGCUGCAAAAUACUUUCAUUUCUUCAUGAAAGAAUAACAUAUAAAGUCACAUGAUAAAACACAUGGAAAGAAAAAAAUAUUGGUAAAGAAAAGAAAAUAACCCAGCAGUAGUCUAUUUGACUAAUAUGUGGGCACAGCUUAGCAAUGUCUAAUACCAAAAGGUAUUUAUAUAACUGUAAAGUUUACUCACUGUAUACAUAUAUAUCAUUUUUAAACUACUGGUCAUUGUCACUGUGGAUUAAAAAGGAGGCUUUAUUAAACAUUACCCUUUUCCAGUAAGUUCAAACUUCAGGGCCAUGGUUACAGUUAGUGAUGCCAUAUAACAUCAGGCCCAGACAAUUGUCAUAAAAGUUUGUAAAUAGAGGUUUCCUACAAACUACUUGCAACUGGAGUGCAAUAUUUCAUAUUCUAUAUUAAAGAAAUAAAGUAUUUUUAUCAUUUAUUAA